GAAUCGCAACAGAGGAUCCACGGGAGACCUAACCUCUGCAGAAGGGCGGCUGCGUGGCCACGCCCCGUCAAUUUACGUUCUUCCGGAGGCGGGACUUCCUCUCCGUGGCCCGUCGUUUCCGACGCCGUCCGGAAGUCGGGAACAGGUCCGGUAGUUACCGGGCUAUUCGCUCUAACCUGGCGCGUGUUACCGCUGAUCCUCCCUAGGCGGGCCCGGGCACCGCCAUCAGCCCCAUCUAGGUGCGAGUCGGGGGUUUCCCGCCCUCGGUCUUGUCUCCCAGCGUGGUUGCCUGCCCUGUUUUCCCAUUUGGCGGUUCCGCUCCGCACCGGCCCGCAUUCUGCCCAUGGCGGCGGCCGCUCCGGCCACAGCCUUCGGGCAGGCGGUGAUCGGUCCCCCCGGCUCAGGAAAGACCACGUACUGCCUGGGCAUGAGUGAGUUCCUGCGCGCGCUGGGCCGGCGCGUGGCGGUGGUGAACCUGGACCCGGCCAACGAGGGGCUGCCGUACGAAUGCGCAGUGGACGUGAGUGAGCUGGUGGGGCUGGGCGACGUGAUGGACGCGCUGCGGCUGGGGCCCAACGGCGGCCUGCUGUACUGCAUGGAAUACCUGGAAGCCAACCUGGACUGGCUGCGUGCCAAGCUCGACCCCCUCCGUGGCCACUACUUCCUCUUCGAUUGCCCCGGCCAGGUGGAGCUCUGCACACACCACGGUGCCCUUCGUAGCAUCUUCUCGCAGAUGGCUCAGUGGGAUCUCAGGCUGACCGCGGUUCACCUUGUGGAUUCUCACUACUGUACAGACCCAGGCAAGUUCAUUUCAGUACUGUGCACCUCCCUGGCCACCAUGCUGCAUGUGGAGCUGCCCCACGUCAACCUCCUUUCCAAGAUGGACCUCAUUGAGCACUAUGGGAAGCUAGCCUUCAACCUGGACUACUACACAGAGGUCCUGGACCUGUCCUAUCUGCUUGACCACCUGGCUUCCGACCCUUUCUUUCGCCACUACCGCCAGCUCAAUGAGAAACUAGUACAGCUCAUUGAAGACUACAGCCUGGUCUCCUUUAUCCCUCUGAACAUACAGGACAAAGACAGCGUCCAGCGAGUCCUGCAGGCUGUGGAUAAAGCCAACGGCUACUGCUUCGGGGUCCAGGAGCAGCGGAGCCUGGAGGCCAUGAUGUCAGCCGCGGUGGGAGCCGACUUCCAUUUCUCCUCCACCCUAGGCCUCCAGGAGAAGUACCUGGCACCCUCCGAGCAGUCGGUGGAGCAGGAAGCCAUGCAGCUUUAGCAGCACACCGCGCCCAGCGAGCAGGACGCGUCACCAGCACCAGGGAGCGUGGAGGCUCCUGGCGAGCAGCCGACAGCCAGCAGGCCACAGACCCACGGCCAAGGCCUCCAGCAGUGCGAGGAGGCUCGCAGGGGCACACUCAGCUCUGCAGAGGACUCCGGACAGAAAGCCGGACGAAGGGCAAGCACCCACCACACCGGCGCUCCGUGGUGUCCUUCAGCGCUGGGCUCCGCCGCCGGGAAGUGCCGUCCGAAGGCUGGGAGCUGUCUCCCCAUGGCUUGUGCUGCGGUGUGCUGUAAUACGGGGGUUUCCUUUCUACUUUCUGUGCCUUCCAAACUUUCCUUCAGUCCUCCAGGCCCAGGGCUUGGGGCAGAAGAGGACAUCACUGUCCCUCUGGAGAGUUCUCUCCGUCCCGGUCAGCGUUUCUCCAGAGCACAGGGCCCGUCCCAGACUCCUGUGAUGUUUUGUUAAUAUUCACUUCUAACAGGAAGCCUCCAGGGAGUCUUCAGAGGUAAUGCUUCCUGGCUAGACCAUACUCAGUAAUGUUCUGUUUUUAUUUAUUUCAUUUUAUCCUAUUUCUAGCAAGGUUGAAAAGACUAAAAGCUGACUUCAAAAAUGAAGUAAUUUAUGCGAAAUGAGUUGUCUAGAGGAAAAUAUUGAGUAUACGAUAGGAGAGUUGUUAUAAAGACAUGAAAAAAGGUGGGAAAGCUGGGAAA